GGGAAAAAAAGGAAAAAAGCAUUCCUCUUGAAUAAAGUGGAUUCAGAGUUAAAGCAAGGUUGACAUAGCAUACAGCUCCAAGGCCAGAGAUCAAAGGGAGUAACAACUUUUUGUGAAGAAGUCAAGAAGAAGUGCUAAAAACUUGACAGUGGAGAGUAAUGGGUUCUGAAAAAAGAAUUGGGAAGUAUAGUCUUGGCAAGACAAUAGGAGAAGGCACAUUCUCUAAGGUCAAGCUUGGAGUCAGUGGCAAAAAUGGGGAGAAGGUUGCCAUCAAGGUCAUUGAUAAGCACAUGGUCAUGGAAAGCAAUCUUAAGAACCAGGUCAAAAGAGAGAUUAGAACAAUGAAACUUCUGCAUCAUCCCAAUAUUGUCAGAAUUCAUGAGGUUAUUGGCACAAAGACAAAGAUAUACAUUGUGAUGGAAUAUGUAACAGGAGGAAGGCUAUUGGACAAGAUGUCCUAUGCCAAGAAAUUGGAUGAAUGUGAGGCUAGAAAACUAUUCCAGCAACUUAUUGAUGCUGUUGACUACUGCCAUAACAAAGGAGUUUAUCACCGAGAUCUCAAGCCAGAAAACUUGCUCCUUGACAGCAAGGGAAAUCUCAAAGUGUCUGAUUUUGGACUAAGUGCACUGAAAAAGCCUAGCAAUGUCUUAAACACACGGUGCGGAUCCCCAUGCUAUGUGGCACCUGAGCUGCUCUUGAGCAAGGGUUACGAUGGAGCAGCUGCUGAUGUUUGGUCAUGUGGAGUGGUUCUUUUUGAAUUACUUGCUGGUUUUCUACCAUUUGAUGACCAGAACUUGAUGAACUUAUAUCAUAAGAUAUGCAGAGCAAAAUACCUAUGUCCACAAUGGUUCACUCGAAGUCAAAAGGAACUAAUUGCCAAGAUACUUGAACCAAGUCCUGCAAAGAGGAUAACUAUACCAGAUAUUAUUGAAGAUGAGUGGUUUAAAACCGAUUAUUCACCUGCUUGUGCAACUGAAUUUGAUCAGAUCAUUGACUCGGAUGAUGAUAGUGCUGCAUCUGAUUCAACUGAGGAGAAAACCGACAAGUCAACGAUACCCAAGUCCUCAAGUUUCAUUAAUGCGUUUCAACUGAUAGCCAUGUCUCAGGACCUUGAUCUAUCUGGCUUUUUCGAAGAACAGGAUCACAAAAAGCAGACAACAAGGAUUGGUUCCAAACACACAAUCAUUGAAACAAUAGAAAAAAUAGAAGCUGCUGCAACCGAUGUGAGACUGUCAGUAGAGAAAAUGAACAACUUUAAGAUUAAAAUGCACCCGAAACACCUGAUGACUAGGAAUUCUAGAUCAUACUUUGACCUAUCAGCCCAGGUGAUAGAAGUUGCUCCCACUCAUUGUGUUGUAGAAAUAGCAAAAUCUGCAGGAGAUCUAAGAAUGUACAAUGAAUUUUGUGAAAGUCUAUCAAAUCUGCUGAAACCAAAGUCUGGUGUGCCAUCAGAAAGCCAAGAUUAUGUCGAUCAAUGCGACGCUAGCAUAAAAAAGCAAGAUGCUGAAUACUAUGAAGAACCAAAUAGUGAAGGUCUUCCUGGCUGUAAAUCUGCUUAAAGUACAACAAACAUGCUUUGUACAAAGCCAUAGUUUCUUGCUUUAAGUAAUUCUUUUUCUCCUUUUCAUAUAUGUCUUCUUGACAGAAACAAUUUUCUUCUUUUUUUCCAAUCUUCUAUGCUGUUGUUCUUACUAAUUUGGUAUUGACUAUACUCUCUUCAUGGUAAAGUAAUGAGUAAUAUGAACUGCCACUUGCACAGUA